CGAGAAAUAGCCCACCCAGAGCUUCAACCACAUGCAAGAAAGGAGAGGAUUGAGAACUACAUUAGAAAUGGAGCUAAUCUAGACGACUUUGAAGUGUUCACUGCACUUGAACCCUAUUUGCAGAUCCAACUUUCUGAUGGAUUCUCAAAAUUCUUACGAUUCUUUAGUAAGGGGCAUUCAGUCCAUCGAUGUCACAGGAGAUUUCAAUCCUUGUGAGCUUUUGCUCACAGGAGACCGAGCCUUCCCAUUGCUUGUAGAUUCCAAGGGCCACGUUCUCAUGGCUGCAUCCCAAUAUGGGAAAGGACGGAUGGUGGUCACGGCGCAUGAAGCCAUGUUAAAGCUUCCGCAGUUCUUGCCGUUUAUUAAAAAUGCUCUCGACUGGCUCAAGUCUUCUCCAACGGCACUCAUAGGAGUCCACAGAAGCCUGGAUGCCCUCUCCAAAUUGCUCCUCAGUAAUGAUAUUAAAGUUCAACCAGAUGCAACACUUGAGAACUCUCUGGGGGUCUUCUGCAGAGAUGCCUAUGAUGAUGUGCAGGCUGAUGACCUCGUGCAGUUCGUAAAGAGAGGCGGUGGACUGCUGAUUGGUGGCCAAGCUUGGCACUGGUCAUCUCAACAUGGAAAGGAGGCAGUCCUGGUUCAAUUUCCUGGAAACCUGGUGACCAGUGUGGCUGGAGUAUAUUUCACUGCCAAUAUGGGAGAAAAUGAUAUUUUCUCUGUGCCUGAAAAAAUUCCCAGGAUUCCCCUCAUCACUGAACAUGGAUUAGAUAUUCAAAGGGAUUUACAAACUCUUCUGAAAGGAGUGGAGAGAUUCAAUGUAAAGGGCGAUGACCUCCAGAAUCAAAUGGUUCCAUCUCCCUUGCUUAUCCAUGGAGCCUUGGCAUUUCCAGUUGGCAUAAGUGAUCAAUACCACUCCUUCCUGGCAGCUGCAUAUUAUGGUCGAGGACGCAUUGUAGUUGCCUCUCAUGAAGGCUUCCUCAACAUAUCAUCAAUGAAAUCUUUCCUCUUCAAUGCCAUCAGUUGGCUUUCUGCCGGAAAGGAAAGAAAGGUGGGCAUUGGAGACAACUUAAAGAAACUUUACUCCAUGUUAAACCGAGCAAAGAUUCCCUGUGAGCUAACCAACUUUAAGAAAGGCCUAGGCGUAUACUGUUGUACAGCCUACAAUGCCGAAGACAUGGAAAGCAUCCACGAAUUUGUCUCUGAAGGAGGAGGACUCCUAAUUGGGGGUCAGUCUUGGUAUUGGGCUGCUGUGAAUCCCGACUCCAGUGCUAUUGCAGAAUAUUCAAGAAAUAAGAUCCUGGAUAAGUUUGGAAUUGGGUUUCCUCGAAAAUAUAUUGAAAUUCCUGAAAACAGCUGUCCUGCAGGAGAGGCCAGUGAAGUAGCUUCCACUUAUCAUUUCCGGAAAGCAUUCUUGAAGUUCAAGGAACAUAUUCAAAAUGAGCAGAUUCUACAACCACCAUAUUCUUUCUGGCGCCAGAAGUUGAUGCAAGACAUUGCAAUAUUCCUUGAGAUCCCAGCUAUGAACUCCCGUCCCUUCUCUUCAUUUCAUGAAGAAGCUCUAGAGUUGGUUCAGAUUAAAGGGAUUCCUGAGGUCAGUGUACAUAACCGAAUCCGAGCUAAUUCAGACCAAGCCAUCUUACUUCAAAUAGCUUCAGGGCUCUAUAACGUUCUGCCAGAGUUUCAAGCCUCAGUACCCAGCCUGAUGCCAAAUGAUCCGAACUCUUAUCCUACAGCACCUCCUCAAAACAUUCAAGUAAAUGGAAGCAAUAAAGGAUAUAAAGCGUGGAGAAGCACUGGCAUGUAUGUUCCUCCAGCAACAACGGUCACUUUAUUAUUCCCAUCCUCCACCCUCAACGCAAAAUUGCAGGUGCAGAUUGGGUGCCAUACCGAUAAUUUAGUUGAUCUCAAGAAAUGGAAGCGUCCUCCAAUGGUGACAAGGCGGUUUCUGGUGCAGACGGAGAAGAUGGAGGUCUCCGGUUUGUGGGGAGGCCUCUUGUACAUCAUUGUACCAAAGAACUCUUCAUUGGGCUACUUCUCCGUCACCAUCGAAGGGGCCACCCAGGCUCCUUAUUUCAAGCAUGGUGAAACUAGCAUCCAGGAUUGGCAAGAUACUAUCCGCCACUAUCCUGCUCCCUGGGCGGAACUGGAAACCGAAAAUAUUAUUUUCACACUGCCAUCGGAUGCUGUACGUAGUCAUGAUGCGAUUGCUUUUCUGCUCCAGACUUGGGAUCAGAUGAUGAGGGCCGUCACCCACUUAGCAGCCAUCCCUCCUAUUUUCCUCAGACCAGAGAGGAUUGUGGCAGAUAUUCAGAUAUCAGCAGGUUUGCUGCACGCUGGCUAUCCAAUCAUGAGUGAUAUACGUGCCGUACCUGAGAUCAUAGAUGUGCAAGCUUUCUACACCAAAGGAACCUGGGGCCCAAUCCACGAACUGGGUCAUAACCAACAGAAGAGUGGGUGGAAUUUCCCACCUCAUACCACAGAGGCCACCUGCAACCUCUGGUCCGUUUACGUCAAUGAGACCGUGCUGAGCAUCUCCCGAGAAAUAGCCCACCCAGACCUUCAACCGGGUGCAAGAAAGGAGAGGAUUGAGAACUACAUGAGAAAUGGAGCUAAUCUGGACGACUUUGAAGUGUUCACUGCAAUUGAACCCUAUUUGCAGCUUCAGGAAGCCUUUGGUUGGGACCCCUACAUCCGCAUUUUUGCGAAAUACCAAACCAUGAGCAACAUCCCAGAUGAGAAAAAGGACAAGAUGAACCUGUGGGCAGAAACCUUCUCUCAGGAAGUCAACAGAAACCUGGCUCCUUUCUUCAAAACCUGGGGGUGGCCCAUUGAGGACAGUGUCUCUGAGAAGCUGGCCUUAUCCUACCCCGCCUGGGCUGAGGAUCCCAUGAUAAAAUACCUGCACUCUUGAAGGACCAGAAGCCAAGAUCAUCCUCAUCAGAGAACACUGGAAUUGAGCAGAUAUUUUACUCAAAACUGAGUCUGAUAGUAUCAAUGAAUUUUUCUAUUUAGCUGUUGCACAUGGAGGAUUUCAGCUCCCCUAUUUGAUUGCUACCUUUUAAAAAGAAAUAUCUUUUAUAUUGUCAGACAUCCUGGGCCUUAAAUCGGGAGGGGAAUCCUUAUUCUCGCAAUUGUUAGAAUCUGAAAAUUUUAAGUGAAAGUGAAAAAAGUGAUUUUUUUAUGGUUUUGGAAAAAAAAACCCAUAACCCAACCUUAUUUUAAUCAUUGAUUCUAUAUAGAGAAAUGGACGUGUGAGCUAUUGUGUUUCUCUGAAAAUAAGACCCUGUCUUAUAUUUUUUGAACCCUGAAAUAAGCGCUUGGC